CACUGUAAUAAAGGUCAGAAUUAUCUUGGAACCCGAACCGACCGGACGUGUUAUUCCGUUCUCCGCACUCUACGAGCGGCCAGAGGCCGCCAGGGCCGGCAAGUGGCCGCCCUUGUAACACCUCAAAAACAGGCCACCUCCAGACGUAACAAAUGGCGACGAGGAAAAACUAAUUUCGGUGAAGGAGGAAGAGGUGAGCGGAGCGAGAAAAGUGCGAGAACGGCGACCACGUGCAGCGUGUGGUGAUUCCCCAAAAUUGGCUUGGGUUGGUGUCCGGAGGCGGACCUGUCCGGCACCAAAAGAGACCUCGAAGGAGCCAACGAAGAGUUUCCGGCGGGAGGAAAGUCGGGCAAGAAGAAAUUCUCCGCGUGAGGCUGCGAAAAGCCGGGCGUUACAUCAGCCAAAAACGAGGUGAGAGUCAGCAGACAUUUUCAAGUCGAGGCGGCCAGCCGGCCAAGUGUGAAAGUCGGUUUGGCCAGAGAUCAAGAGACCCGCGGCCCAGAGUGUUUUUGCGAGCAAAGUCGCAGCGGCAAGAGAAGGGUGAGCAGAGUCACCUGCCGCAAAGUACGAAGCGUGACAGCCGUUCCUCGGACAAGGGAAGAGGACGGUGUGUGUCGGGGCGUCAGAGAAGGGCGUCGCCGAAAAGGGUCAGAGUGCGACCCAGUGAAGAGCUCUCCCAGGGUGGGAAGCUCACCGUGUUCGUCACCUUCAAGAAAAAGGGCCAGAAGGGAAAGGAGGAAGGAGGAGGACUUGGGCUCGUCAUCGUGAGUUCGAGUGGAGAGAGACCACGAGCCAAGUCUUGUCUUCAAGUGCAGAGUCUGCUGAGCGCAAGAAAGAGGAAAGUGAAGGGCAAGUUGAGUCCAGGGAAAACCAGCGGCCACCAGACAGAGGACGUGUGGCGCUGUCGUUCGUACGAGAGAGACGCCAGGAGGAGGCAGCCGCCUUCUCUGGCCAACGUGUGAGUGACUCGGAGGGUGCAACCGCAUCCUCGAGCCUUCGACCUGAGUUGAGGGGAUCUCCUCAGGGGUCGUUUAAGAAGUGCCAGGCGAACAAGAGCCUGAGGUGAAAAUUCCUGAGACGAGGAGGAGAGAAAAAGAAGAAAAGCAGCAACUGGAAUUUCAGGCCGUAUCCAGAUUGCGUGAACAUUUUUCGGUGAAAAUAAGUUCAGUGAAUAUUUGAGAUUGAGAAGGAUUUUUAAGAGUUCUGAGUUGAGAAAGUUUAGAGCAAAUUUGAAAAUUCAAAAGUUGAAAGUAAAUUCAAAAUUUCUAGUAAAUUUCAAAAGUGCAAAAUUUGUAGUUCCAAUUCAAGAGUGAAUUUAAAGUAGUUCUCAAAUUGCAUUUUUGAAACCAAAUUCUUGUGCAUUAAUUCUCACAAAUUGGAAUUAUUGAUUGAUGGAUUGAUGGUAUGACAUCUUCUUAAUUGUCUUAAAAUAAAAUAAUUGAGUUUUUAUCUUAGGCGGGAGAUGUUAUGUUGGUGACUACUGUAUAUAUUGUACUGUUGGUAACACUGUAAUAAAGGUCAGAAUUAUCUUGGAACCCGAACCGACCGGACGUGUUAUUCCGUUCUCCGCACUCUACGAGCGGCCAGAGGCCGCCAGGGCCGGCAAGUGGCCGCCCUUGUAACACCUCAAAAACAGGCCACCUCCAGACGUAACAUAAACCUUGACGUUUUACGACUCAUCGAAGAAGUUAUUGACGCCGUGAAAUUUCCAAUUCUUUAACUUAAUUUUUGACUAAAUAUAUAAAAUAUGUUUGCAUGUGCAAAUUAUGACAUUUUGGGGCCGGCACUUUUGUUAGAAAGUGAAAAUGGUUCGGAAUUUAAAUGGCCAUAAUUGGACUAAAAGAGGCGAAAGGGUUGUCAAACUUUGACAGAACUUUGCAAAGUCCAGAAUCUCACCUGCGAAGCAGACGGCCAGUAACAAACACGCCCAAGUGUUCAUGGUCAACAAAGUGACCCGGUCAGUCGCCUGCUGACUUUGAAUUGACGUAUAAUUGGAUCAAAACGAAGCCUCACAAACAAUCAAGUCCCGUGAUCAAUUUCUUCCUCUUUCUACUGCGAUGUUUGUGAUUCUCAGACUUCUAAAAUCACAAAAUUAGCAGCGCACUGCCAUCUGGCAGUGAUAAAUGAAGACUCGAACGAGUUGGAAUUUUCAUUGGCCAGUUUUGAUCACGUGAUUAAAUUGAUGAUUUUGAUUGGUCAGCUCAUUCUACAGCAAUCAAUAAGAUAACUCCUGACAGAUGGCAGAGCGAGCAAAUCUCUGCACAGAUCUCGGCCAUCAUCCGCCAGGGUGCUCUGAGGCUGCGGAUCGGUCGUGUUCGGUGACGUUUGGCCAGCCAUCAGACAAACCCUUAUUAAUUUUUUAGAAAAAAUCUUGAACCGCACAAUUUUCUGCCGUUUCGGCGGCCGCGGCCGAAUCGCGUGUGCAGCACUCGUCGAUUUCCAGGCGCCGCUGCGAGUUGAGGCGCCAAUCGGAGCGAUGCGGGCUGCGUGAAUCUGUAGAAAAGGCGACUGGUGCUCAGUUGGUGCUCAUCUAUGGAGGACGGCGGGCCCCUGGCAUACCCCAGACAGGUCAAGCCUGGCUGGACGGCGCACGUGAACCGCGAUGGUCGCCUCUACUAUUGCAAUCAACUAACGAAGUCUGCCUCCUGGUUGCCGCCCGCUGACACUUACGAUGUGACUUCGGUGCUGCCCUUUGGCUGGGAGGAGGCCGUGGAUAGCAAUGGACAUUCCUACUUUAUCAAUCAUGUAAACCAGACGACAACGAAAGAGCCACCUCCGAAGGAUUGGGCCCCUGAGGAAGCUCCGCCCAAACCGCGACGUGUAUCUUUAAAUAGGGACGCUAAGCAAGGAUUUGGUUUUGUUGCUGGAAGUGAGAAACCAGUCAUUGUGAGAUUUGUAACUGAUACUGGACCCAGUGAUGGCAAGUUGCUACCUGGCGAUCAAAUUCUGGAAAUCAACAAAGAGGACGUUCGGAAGGUAGCCAGGGAACAUGCCAUUCAUUUAAUCAGGUCUUGCCCCGACAAAGUCGAACUGCUCGUUUGUCAACCUCCUUUGGACAAUUCUGCCAGAAAAUCCGCUUUGUUGAGUGUGGCCAAAAAGGCUAAACUACGAAGUCAUCCUUCAAGAGUUAGAUUUGCCGAAGGCGUCGUAGUCAAUGGAACCUCAGCAAUUGCUGAAAAGGGAUUGGCACUGAUGCCAAAUGUGUUAAAAGUUUUCCUUGAAAAUGGUCAAACAAAAUCGUUUAAAUACGACGGAAACACGACAGUACAAGACGUCACAGACUCGCUCCUGCAGAAGCUGGGAAUUCUUGCUGGAGAGCAUUUUUGUCUAGUUCUGGAGCAUGUAACAGGCAGGAGGAACAAACUCACUCUGCUUCAACCUCACCAACAUCUGGCAAAAAUUGCUUCUCGGCCGGGCUCGCACAACCUGAGGUGCUUAUUCCGCAUAGUCUUUGUCCCUGUUGAACCUGAAUCCCUUCUACACCGAGAUCCUGUUGCUCUGGAGUACCUGUACUUGCAGUGCUGCAAUGACGUUGUGCAAGAGAGGUUUGCUCCAGAGCUCAAGUACGAAGCAGCACUUCGAUUGGCUGCGCUGCACAUUCAGCAGCAUGCAAUGGCUAACAACUUGCAGGGAAAAUUGGGCGCUAAAAAUAUAGAGAAAGAGUUCGGUCUCGAGAAGUUUGUUCCAAUUUCGCUGAUGGAGUCUAUGAAAAGGAAAGAGCUCCGCAAACUCAUCGGCCACUUUCUGAAGCUGUGCACCACCCAGCCAAUGUCUGACAUGCAGGCCAAGCUCUAUUAUUUGCAUAUCAUUAGCGACUUGCCCAGUUACGGAGCCAAGUGCUUUUCGACCAACAUCAAAGAAACCAACAUGGAAACAUUGAUCUUAAUCAGCCCCAAAUUUGGAAUUAGCCAAAUAUCUGGCAUGAGGAGCAACACUCCCAUGCCAAUUGCUGAUAUUCAAAGUGUGCGGCAUGUGAUGGUGUCAAAGCAAGACGAACUGUCGACCCAAGUGACUCUGCACCUCUUAGGUGCAGAUCAAAUUUGUCUCACCAUGGAGGAAAAGGACGCAGAAGAAAUGGUCCUGGUGCUGAAAGGCUACUACCACCUGCUGACAGGCAUGCAUUUGUCAAUAGACUGCCCACUCGAGGACCCCACUCCCGCUUAUGAUGCAGUGCCGCCUUAUCAGGGCUUCCACUUGGUGGUGCCUGACUGGUGGAGUUACAUUGCCGCUAACAACAAGUGCCAACUAGUCAAUUUGGCUGUACCGCCUCCUUAUCACGCAGCUGAUGGAAAAACGGUGGAUAGCAACAUGAAUAGCAUGUUGAGGAAUGCAAAUAAGGAAAAUCGUCAAUCCAGCAGCGAGGACUCAACCUCUCCAGAGACAAACGAUGAAGCGCGGCAGCGCCUCUCUGAGAUGCACCGCCUGGUUAUGGCCUCUGAGCAAUACCUCACAGAACACGACGAAAAAGAGAGUGAUUCGGAGGGUUCUUCUCAAAUGAGUUCUCUGCUGGAAACUGAGCAGUCAGAACUCAAACACAGUGAUUCACUGCUGCUUCUUGCCCAUGGAGGACACAAGCCAAACUUCGAAGAGGAAAUGAGCGCCGUUGUGCGCAGUCUUGAGAUUAAUGGAGAUACUACUGAGAGCUCGGACACAGACUCCCUCUCCACUCCGACAAGCAGCCCUUCGCACAACAAGGGGGGCAUCAGGCCUAACUCGCUGCUCAAACCAAGUGACUCGAGCUUCGGACUGCACAGUCCAGAUAAUGUACUUCCUGCAAACUGCAGGUCCAACAACGCAGAUAUGAAGGAAAUUCUUCUUCGUCUUCAACAAGAUACCAGCCUACCAUAUCACUUUGCCGAAGGCACUUUAUAUUUAGAUCCAGAUAUUAUAGAUCUUACCAUGAUACCUCCACCAAUAACUCCAGAUAAUCUGGCUUUGUCGUUUUUGGAUUCUCCCAGCAGCCCGCCAACCCCUUUUGCUGAUCAAAUUCCAAUGUUGGAUAGAAACUUUCUUCCCAGUCCACUCCACAAUGAAUGGGACCAAGACAUGUUGGACGAGCUGCUGGACAGCAACCUCGACUUGGACGAAUUUUUAGCAACUGUGGUGGUUCCUGCGCCGAACCAGUCUGGUAUCAUGGAACUGACCCCUGAAGAGGUAUCGGCGUUCAUCAUUCCACCUCCGCCGCCGCCAACACACAGCAACAUUCUGGCAAACCUCAGUCUUUUUGGGCCAAGAAAUCACAAUGUCAACAAUUCAGCUAGAAGCAGUCUCAUUUUCAGAAACAGAAAUAAUAUGGUGAAACUGGAGAAAAUAUCAACAGCUCAAGCCAAGGACAAAAUCAACCAGCUGUCUGAGCACCUUCUGAAUUUAGCAGAUCAGUGUCGAGGCUACGUUGCUGCCGGAGGUGGCGAGAACGAAGACGUCAACUUGUACAGAGCCACACAGACAAAACUCUGCAAUGAAGUACGAGCUCUUGUUGCCAGUAGCAAACUUCUAGUCCAAGCAGCAGCAGAGGGCCUUCGAGACAAUCUGGAGGGCACUUUGGCCAAUUGCCUCAAUUCCCUAAAUAAUAUCUUCAGUCUGUCGGAGGAGCUCUGCUUAAACACAGAUGCGCCGUCACACACUAUGAGUCUAAUUUUACGAAGCCGUGAGGUGUGCGAGUGCCUGGUAGCGACCAUCAACUCUAUCGACAACCCCAAGUCUACGAGCAACGUGCAAAAAUGCGCCGAAGACUUGGUGAACGCCUUAACCUCCCUGCUCAAGGGUCUGAAAGUGCUAGGCAGCUGAAUAAGCAUGCCCUGCAACUUGUUCAACCACCAUAAAAGGACUGAGAGUUGCUUGAAUGUUGAUAACCAGUUGAAGGCAGUUUUAGCUUUGAUUUAUCGCUUGAAUUUAAAACUGCAGCAUUUUUAAAUCCAUACAUUAAAAGAGAGUUGGUGGCUGAAAAGUUUAAAACAGGAAAAGCCCUGGUCGAUUUAAAAAGAGUGAUUGCUUGAUUAUGAAAUUUUGACCACAUAAUGUUAUUGUAUAACCAAAGAUUUUAAACGCUAUAUAAUGUUAAGCUGUAUAACUGUAUCUGUGUGUUCUACUCAUCAUUCAUAGACAUAGAGAUGUCCUUUGAUAGACCAUCGAUCAUUGGUUAGCCUUUCGUCAGUUUAUUUAGUAUUUAAGCUUCUUGAAAUCCUUACAAUUAUCAUUUGCCAAGAGAGAUUUAAAAUUAUAUUCCUCUGUGAACAAAUAUUUUUUGUGUGAUACCACCACAUAUGCGUCGAAGGAGAAACAGAUUUGCUUUUUUCCCCUUACAAUUAUAUAGAUUAUGUUGUGAAUGUGUAACAUGAUGCUCUCUUAUUUGUCAAGUUUUGGGUAAAGCUUUGUACUUUUUUAAAUAGUAAAAAAAUGUGUUAACGGAAAGGAUCUGACUGAACAAGUAAAUCAUGAGCUGCAAUAUUAAUAGCAAGUUCUACAGGAACACCGUUUCAAUGUUAUGAAUCAUUUAAUACCAUAGUACAAAAAUGGGUACUCGAUUUAAUUAUUUAAAUUUGAUUGAAUUUACUUUUACGCACAUUCUCAGUUGCAUUUGUCUUGAAUAUCAAAUAAAAAGAGUCAAUGUAUUUCUA